UCUGAAAACUCGGACGAUUCAUCGUGUAUGGUAACUCGGUAAAUAAAUUUACUGGACUCUAUAAAUAAACCCCACCGUAUUUGAUCGAUUCUACAUAUCUCCUCUCCCGAUCUCUCAAAUCAAACUCUUUUGAGGGUUUUCAGUGUCAUUUUUCAAUCUAAAUUUUCCCUCCAAAUUCUCCUGUAACUAACCUUUAAACCCUAACACGAUUCAAUCUACUUCUAGGGUUUAUCACUAAAAAUCCCUCUUUUACUUACCCUUCUGUACAAUUUUUUCAUUUUCCCGGUUUCUUGUUUUCUUUUUCAAGAAUUUGAUUGAUCUUGGGUUCUUGAUUUUUGGGUCGUUUAAAAAAUAAGUUUCUUUUUUAUUCUUUUAAUUGAUUUUAGAAGUCUAGGGUUCUUAUUGAUUUUUGAAGCGUGGGUUUUAUUAUACUCUCAAGGAAUUUAGCUUCUUUGAUCUUGGGUUUUCCGAAUUCUUGAAUUAUGGUUAGCAAAAGGAGUAUUUUUCUGUUAAUUGCAAAGUAUAUAAUCUGCUAGUGUUGGCUACUUUCUGAUUGUUUAUUGAGAAAAAUUCUUGAUCUUGGAAUGGCUGUAAUCGGCGAUUAAUGGAUUAAUUUUGACAUGAGGGUUGAAAUAUGAGAAAUGGUGGUGAAGAGAGUACAUCAGGAAGACCUAAAGCCGGUGACUUUGGCCGCUCUGUGUCGAGAAUGGCAGUGGCACAAAUCUGCGAGAGUGUGGGGUUUGAAGGGUUCAAGGAGUCGGCUUUGGAUUCUUUGACCGAGGUUGCGAUUCGGUACCUUGUUGAUCUUAGUAAGAUUGCUAACUCUAAUGCCAAUUUAUCAGGUAGAACUCAGUGUAAUUUAUUUGAUAUAGUUAAAGGGUUUGAAGAAAUGGGUGCACCAUUAGGGUUUUCAGGUGCAUCAACUUCAAGCAAUUGUGUUGUUAGUUCGGGUACUGUUAAAGAGAUAAUUCAAUUUGUGGAUUCUUCUGAAGAGAUCCCAUUUGCUCAACCUGUACCGUCGUUUCCUGUUGUUAGAGAUAGGAGAUUAAUUCCUAGUUUUUUAAAUAUGAAUGAAACACCACCCGGAAAGCAUAUUCCUGCUUGGUUGCCUGCUUUGCCUGAUCCUCAUACGUAUAUUCAUACCCCGAUGUGGAAUGAAAGGGUCGUGGAUCCUCGGUCGGAAAAAAUUGAGCAAGCAAGGCAGAGGAGAAAGGCAGAGCAGGCUUUGUUGAGUUUGCAGCAGAGGCUUCUUAGCAAUGGUUCUGUUAUAUCUUCUACACCGGUGGCUAGUAGUCGCAAUGUUAAGGAAGUAGGAGUAGGCGUAUCUAACCCGAUUCUUUCUAAGCCAUUGAAACCCGGAGAGAAGGCUGUUGCUGCUGGUGUAGUGCCUGAAAAACUGAAAAACAAUACCUCUUUGGUAGAGGCAUUUGCUCCGGCUAUUGAAGCUGCAAGAGAAGGCGGGUUUGCUGAUGGCGACGAGAAUGAGAGGAAGUUGCUUCCUGAGAAGAGGCCGGCUGUGAACUUUAAAUUUAAAACUGGAAAGAAAAUGCUCGGCGAGCCUUUGGAUUUGAGCCUUUCGAGAAAGGGUGGAGCUAUAGUAGGGCAUUCAUUAGGGCGGGAAGACGAGAGAGAUGAUAAGAAGAGGAGAGCAGAGUAUAUACUUAGGCAAUGUAUGGAGAAUCCACAGGAACUUACUCAGUUGUAAAAUUAAUUUGCUGACUGAUCGGUUUAUUCGCAAUUCCGCAGUUGUAGAAGGGCUGUGGGAGAAUAGUGUUUGAUAGUUUGAAAUUCUGUUGCAAGUUCCCGAUAGUCCUACUCUUAACAAUUUUUAGAGGCAUGUGAGUAGUUGUUUUUAUGUUUGCUUUUGGAGUUAGUCUCAACUGAUUCUUUUGACAAUGAAGCUUUUGCUUCUUUGUUCAACAUUUGAUGCUAUAAUGAAUGAAUCUUAUUUGCUCA